UAAGCAUUUUUACAACAAAAAAUAAGUAAUCUACACAAAUUACUUAAUUUAAAUUAACUUCAGAUAAAUAUUGCAAUCCAAAAUGAGCUCGCCUCGAACGCAAUGUUUUGUGUGCGGCAAAACGAAAACAGUAGGCGUUUUCCAGCUAAUUGAAGGAUGCAUUGUGCCAGGCACAUUUAAGCCCAUCAAGGAUAUUCUCAAAUAUUUUGAGAAAAUCAUCAAUCAUCGCUUGGACUUGACUCCAAAUUCCACAGCUUGCAGGGAUUGCCUAGAGUAUUUGUUCAAUUAUGAUCGCCUGGUGAGGAAUCUAAGUCAAGUUCAGCGCCAAAUUGCCGAUGCUUUGCUUAGCUGUCGCAAAAAAAAACCUGGAGGUCAAGCCGUCAGUGCUGGCAAAGAAACAGUCAGAAGGGAGGUCGUUAAGGCCAGAGUUCCAACUUCCGUUUCAUCAUGCAAAAUAAUAAACAGCACCCCUGCCAUAAAGAAAAGAAAGAUACAGCAACAGCCACAGCGACAGAAGGAGUCACCUCCAGAGAUGUCUUCUGAGAUGAAUGAUAAUGAAUACAAGGAAGAAUUUCAGGAAGAAUUUCAGACAAUUAUGAUGGAUGACGAAUCAAUACAGGUUCUGGAUCCAGAUCAGGAAGAUUUCCAAUUCAGUGAUUUAGACGAAAGCGUUGCUGGCGUUUCAUCCGAGUCGGAUAUCGUGGAAGCUCUUGACAUUCCCUGUCAUAUAUGUGGAGAGAUAUUCACAUCGCAAGAUAAUCUCGAGCGGCACAUUAAGACGGACAAUUGUCAGAAGAAUGAAUAUGCCACCUGUAACAUAUGCGGCCUAAAGGUCAAGGACGAUGAGGUUCUUGAUUUGCACAUGAAUUUGCAUGAGGGCAAAACGGAACUGGAAUGUCGGUACUGCUCCAAAAAGUUCUCUCACAAACGGAACGUACUGCGUCACAUGGAGGUGCAUUGGGACAAAAAGAAAUACCAAUGCGACAAAUGUGGCGAACGCUUCUCAUUGUCCUGGCUAAUGUACAACCAUUUAAUGCGACACGAUGCCGAGGAGAAUGCGCUCAUUUGUGAAACUUGCCAUCAGCAAUUCAAAACGAAACGAACAUACAAGCAUCAUUUACGCACCCACCAAACUGAUCGCCCACGUUAUCAAUGCACCGACUGUGACAAGUCCUUUGUCGAUAAAUAUACACUGAAAGUCCACAAGCGCGUACAUAUGCCAGCCGAACAGGACUCCCAAGUCAUUGUGGAAGUUGAGGUGAAAGAAUUCCAUAUGAAUGAGACCAUGUAAGCGUUUUUUUUUUACCUAUAUUUAUAUAUACCUUUAACUAUGUGUAGGAAUUGAGUUAAAUAAAAGAUAAUAACUAAACGAAAAUUACGUUUUAUUAAAGGCAA